CGCCGAGACGAUGCGCAAGCUCGUCGCCUCGACCGUGCUGCGCCGCAUCGAGGGCCACGCCAGCGAGGGCACCGGCACGCAGGCCGCGCCCGAGACGAUGGUCGUGGUCGACGAGGCGCACAUGGUCAUGCCCAACGUGGGCCAGACGCAGUCCGGCGACGCCGUCACGUCGACGGCGAUGGCGAAGCGGCUGCUGCAGCUGCACCGCGACAAGGGCUUCCCGCUGGUCAUCGCGACGCAGCGGCCGGCCGACCUGGACAAGAACCUGCGCGGCAUGAUCACCGGCACGCGGCUCAUCGGCAAGCUCGAGGGCACCGACAAGGACCGCAAGGACCUCAUCGACACUGUGGUCAAGAACACGGACCACAACAAGAGCUUCCGCGACAAGAUGAAGACGCUCCAGCCGCGCCAGUUCAUCCACAUCGCCUCGGGCGGCUCCGACGCGCUGCAGGUGGUCGAGUCGGGCCAGCUGAAGCGCCUGCACGAGUCGUCGGCCGCGUGGGUCAAGGGCUUCUCGCCGCAGCACCCGCUCGCGGCGCACGACGAGGAGCGCCGUGCCAAGCGCGCGCGCGCGCAGCGGUACCGCGGGCUCAUUGGGCCGGUAGCACAGCACCUCUCUCACUUUUGACCGCAUGCCAGCGAGCAGUGUGUGCAACGCAUGAGCGCCGUACUACGUACCAUCGUGUGGGGGAGCGUACGUACCAUCAUGUGGGGUCUCGUACGAGUAGUAUAGUACACAGAGCAGAUAGUGGGUGCGGCUGUGUGGGGUCUGGUACAGUUCAGACCUCUCUUUUUUGGAGGAGCUUCAGUGAGCAAGGGCGUUGGUCUGUGAUGUGCGCAUUUGUGUUCGUACGGUAUGCAUGCGCCAUGCGGUAGAACGUAGAUCGGUAGAUCGCGCC